UUGCGGUUAAUUAUCGUCACUCCGGACCAUCAAACCCGACAAGCGUCGGUGUAAUGGCCGUCCCGAUAUCAUUCACGGAACUCUCGCUAAUGCGAAAGUUUGUGCAAACAAACGUACAAACAAAUAUGGAUGUUGCAAACAAACGUGUAAACAAAUAUGCUUUAACUUCAAGUUGCAAAAAAGGAAAUCUACCCAAUUCUCCAACGGACAAAGUUUGGCUUGGUCGAUCAGCUGAACGUAAAGAGGCUGGACACGAUCCCGAAGAGCUUUAUACGUUGCUCGAAAAGCUUGGCACUGGUUCUUUUGGAACGGUCUACAAGGCCAUAAAUAAAGAUACCAAAGAGGUCGUCGCCAUUAAACAAAUUAACUUGGAAGAUUCGGACGACGAUAUAAGUGAGAUUCAACAGGAAAUAGCGUUGUUGUCACAAUGCGACUCACCAUAUAUCACUCGUUACUAUGGCUCGUUUGUCAAAGGGUUUAAGUUGUGGAUAGUGAUGGAAUAUCUUUCUGGCGGAUCAUGUUUAGACCUGCUCAAACCUGGUCCGUUUGAUGAACAGCACAUCGCUAUCAUUCUCCGAGAACUUUUGUAUGGCUUAGAGUAUUUGCACAUUGAAGGAAAAAUACACAGAGAUAUAAAAGCCGCCAACGUUCUACUCUCUGGAGAGGGAAAAGUGAAAUUAGCUGAUUUUGGCGUGGCCGCUCAGCUUUCAGCUAACAAAAGUAGGCGAAACACUUUUGUUGGAACACCGUUUUGGAUGGCACCAGAAGUUAUUCGUCAGGCGGGCUAUGAUCAUAAGGCCGAUAUCUGGUCACUGGGGAUUACAGCCAUUGAGAUGGCCAAAGGCGAACCACCUUUGUCAGAAUAUCAUCCUAUGCGUGUAUUGUUUUUAAUUCCAAAGGCAAAACCACCGUCACUUGGAGGAAAUUUUUCUAGUGCAUUCCAAGACUUUGUCAGCUUAUGUCUGAUAAAAAAUCCUGAAGACAGACCUACUGCGAGGGAUUUGUUAAGGCAUCGUUUCAUAAAGAAUGCGCGCAAUACAAUGCAAUUACAAGAGUUGGUGGAACGGUUUAAUACUUGGAAGGUGAAUGGUUGUCAAAGAGAUCCAUCCAUGUUUACGAGGACAAUGACGAUGCAAAAUAGAAUUUCAUAUGCGUCUUGGGAUUUCGAAACGAUAAAGCAAGCAUAUCUGGAUGGCACGAUUCGACUAGAGCCAGAAACUUCAAGGGAGUUGCGACGACUAUCGACUGCAUCGAGGAAUUCUACCGUAAAACUAUCAAAUAUUGCUAGGAAUUCUUUCUUCGCAAGCUUCGAUGGAGGAGUGGAGGAAAAUACUUCUGAAAAUCCUGAGGCCACCAAUAAAAAUGGUACAAUCGAUUCCCUGAAUACCAGCGAAGGUCUUAAUACUGUGCGCGCACCGAGGCCUUUUAGUAUAAAUAUUCCAUCCAGUAACCGUUCUUCCGUUUCUCUUUCAUCGUUCCCACGGGAUAUUCCCAUUGUGGACCCGGUAACAGAGGAAGGAAUUGUUGGAAGGCAAUUAGUCAAUGAAGUGAUAAUCCCAUCAAUAGAAAAGAUUAAGUCAAAUGAAUUGAGAGCUAAUGAUAUCGAGGCGCUUAGUUUGUUUGAGAAAGGAAUAGAGGAAUUGGGUUAUGCUAAUCCCGAUCUGGUCAUUACCACAUUGAUUGAGAUAUUAUCAGAAUUAAAAAGCAAUAUUGAAGUGUGCGAAAAAUUAUCAGAUCUGGGCGUAAUUUCAGACGCAUUUCUAACAACCCCCGAGUUAACCAUCGAUGAGACGUCAUCGUCCUCCCUACAACCAAAUGAAGAUGAAGAUGAUUCUUUACCUGCCGAAAAUCCUUCGGAUGCAAUGGAUAUUAGUGAAUCCGAGAAACCUAAAUCGCCGAUAUCAGAGAUGAUAUACACAAGAUGGAUCGAACAACUCCGUAUUAAAUGGACAUUAGGUUUUGGCUCUAGUUCAUAG